AUGCUGCCGACUUGUACCCGUUGCAGAAGCCGGAGGAUCAAGUGCGACUCCUUGCUUCCAGCAUGCGCAAACUGCUCCAAGCACGAUGUGGAAUGUACCUUUCGAGAUGAAGCUUUACAAGUAGAUGUCACCCGAUGCUAUCUCAAGACAUUACAGGAUAAAAUCGAGAAGCUGAACACUGAAUUAACGAUAAAUCCUCAGAUCUCAUCAAGUGGCCUAACAGAGACUACUCCUGAUGGCAUCCCAACAGAACCUUCCUCAAUCUCCUCCUUCAUUCUUAUGCCCGGCUCUGGUAAAAGUCUUUACAUUGACCUCUCACUUCCAUCACGCAUGGUCGAGGUCACACUCGAGGUACUUUCACAACGCCAGGAAACGCAUGACAAGAUGACUGUUGAUGAGGAAAGCUUCUCAUUUCCAGACAUUCCACGUCUUGACAGGUCCACACUUACCCCGGGUGCGGUGCGUGGCCUUCUAAAAGAUUACCAUCGCCUUGUUCAACCGAAAUAUGACAUUUUGGACGUCGGAAUUUUGAGCUAUGAUGGCAUGCACCUACGGAAGCUGCCUGAAACGCGAAGAUUUCAGAUACUUAUGGCCUGCGCUAUUUCCGCCACCCAAAAGUCGUACAAAGAGCCAAUUUGGAAACCGUUCGCCAAUACAUGCCGUGAGUGGGCAAAUGACUUCAUUGCCCCAAUUAUAUCUUCUGCCGACGCAGACUCUAUGAAAGCUAUUCUGCUCCUUGUCGUAUACGAAAUGGCCGAUCCGACUCGAGGCGUUAUCUGGGAACUCCUUGAUGUAGCGCGAAGGACGUGCUUGCAGCUAGGCUGGAACCGAACCGCCUCGUCUUUCAACGAGACCACAAUUAAUGGGGAACCAGUAUCGUAUGAUCCCAUGAGAACUCGACUAAUGCAUGUCACUACGAACGGUAUCAAAUCGGCCAACCUUGUCAAUUGA